AAGGCCUUGAAAUCUCAUGUCUAAAUGCUAAGGGGAAGUACAUGAGUGAGCCAUUAGGGGUGUGUUCACAUAAUCCCAUCAAUGCAACCACCAUAGCAACGAAUGCUUACCAUCAUGGAGAUUAAAAGGUGUCAAAGAAGAUCCUGCCUUCAUUAAGGAAUUGCUAGGCUGGCCCAGGACCAGAUAAGUGCUUCACGUGAAGAACUAACAAUGCCUUAUGCGUGAGGAGAAUGGGAGGAAGCGGGUCCAAAGCCAAAGGCGCUUGGCCUUUCUCGGGCAGCGGGGCGGGCGGUGACUCUGUUGAGAAUGUCAACGAACAGUCGGUGGCCCGCCUCAAAAGGCCCAGAAACGCAACACCCUUUGUUUUUACUCGGAGGAGCUCACUCUACUACGACGAGGAUGGGGACCUUGCCCAUGAAUUCUACGAAGAGACGGUGGUGACAAAAAACGGUCGAAAAAAAUCCAAGUUGAGGAGGAUUCAAAAGAAUCUGAUUCCACAGGGGAUUGUGAAGCUGCAGCAUCCCUGUAUUCACGUGGACUUCCCCAUCGUCCUCUGUGAGGGCUGCCGUGCUGUCUGUAAUUGUGUGGAAUGCGGUUGGGUGUAUUCCGGUGCCAGAGGUCACUCAUUUUCAUGUGCUUCCUCUCCGAGCCUCUUUUGAUGUCGUGCUGGGAGCCCACUGAGGUUUGGGGAAGAUAAACCCCUGUUCUUUUAGGGCCACCCGGUAUUACCACAUUGAAUAUAUGUGACAGCGUUACGAUAGAACAGCUAAUGGGGCUGACACAUGCUCAGAGACAGGAGCUGAAAAGAACUUGUGUUAUCAUUAUGAAGGAUGUAAAUUAUGUUGUCACAUUAUGUCCUUUUUCCUGAUCAGGCCGUUUUGCCCAGAAACGAGAAGCGUGUAUCCAGGAUAAUGGACUGUUUAAAUGCGGACUCUUUCAAUUUCAGAGAGCCUUGCUUUUUGGAUAAUGAAUAAGAAAUGUCUCCAGUGUCAUGAAAUGAAAGGCCAUUAAUGAAGUCACCCAACAAGUUAAAAAGAGAAGAAAAAGUCAUGGAAUAUAUUUUUUAACAUUCAGGAAAUGGGAAAAUAUUACACAAAAUAAAAAAGUCGGUAAAUCAUAGAAAAAUAUUUAAAUAAUGUAAUCAUAUAAAAUAAAUAAAUAUUCAUC